UACAGAUAAGGAGAAAUUAAUCAAAUUCGAUGAUGGAAGUGUUUUGACAAAGACGCUUGGACUUCAAUGGAAUCCCGAGGCUGAUAUUUUCAUAUUUUCGUUUACUCCUCGCCAAAACAAUAGAAAAAUUACUAAGCGCUCAGUUUUGUCGAUUAUUGCUCAACUUUAUGAUCCAUUGGGAUUAAUUGGACCCGUAGUGUGCAAGGCAAAAAUAUUCCUUCAGCGACUGUGGGUGGAGAAGAUCGAUUGGGAUGAAAGUCUACCAAUGACUUAUCAAACAGCAUGGCUUCAAAUUUACGAUGAGUUUAGUAGUAUAGGAAAUAAGACCUUUCCACGAUAUGUUGGCUUACCAAAUUCUAGCUUGGAAUUACAUGCAUUUUGUGAUGCCAGUCUCUCAGCUUACGGCACCUGUAUCUACGUAGUAUCUCGUUUAGGUGGACACGCACAUUCCACGUUGCUCUGUUCAAAAUCAAGGGUUGCGCCAUUAAAAACGGUCACAGUUCCUAAACUAGAGUUAUGUGCAGCUGCGCUUCUGGCUCAAGUAAUUCAGUCUAUAUGCAAUUUACGAAUAUUUAACUGUCGGUUCUUUUGCUGGUCGGAUUCUACAACGGUUUUGUCAUGGAUCAAGGAGGAGCCUUCACGUUUUAAUAUUUUUGUCGCCAAUCGCAUUACAAGUAUACAACAUUUAACAAAUGGCAUGGAGUGGCGGUAUGUACCAACACAUCUGAACCCUGCAGACAUCUUGUCGAGAGGUGCAUCGCCCAUAGAGUUAUCAAACUCUUCACUUUGGAAAUUUGGACCCCCAUUUCUGCUUGAUUUGGAAACAAAUUGGCCUAAAAGUAGUAUUCGCGUUAGAAAUUUACCUGAACGGCGAAAAAUGCAUUACUUUCGUCAACUUCAGUAACUGAUAUUUCGCUUGAUUGUAAAUAUAUAAACUCCUUUACAGUAAUGCAGCGCAUAUAUGGUUACGUCCACAUGUUCAUCAAAAAGGACCAUUCUGGUAUUCUCGAUACAACACACAUUCAACAAGGAACCUGGUAUUUACUUCGCAUGGUGCAAAGAGUGAAUUUUUCUUCUGAAUACAAAGAUCUUAAAAGGUCUGUGCCAAUAAGUACUUCGAGUAAAUUGGCGUCCUUGUCACCAUUUUUAGACUCAUUUGGACUUAUUCGAGUAGGUGGUCGUUUAGAAAAUGCAUUAUUGGAUUACCAUUCACGACAUCCAAUCAUUCUACCCAAGGGACAUCCCCUAACAGAAUCUAUUAUAACACAUUUUCACCAUCAGAAUUUACAUGCCGGACCUCAAGCAUUACUUGCUGCAAUACGACAACAAUAUUGGCCCCUGGGAGGAAAAAAGGUGGUGAGUCACAUAAUAAGCAAGUGCGUGCGAUGUUUCAGAUUACGACCCAAGAUUUGCGAACAGAUUAUGGGAAACUUACCAGAAGACCGCGUCCGUCAAAGUCGAGCCUUUCUUAUCACCGGAGUUGACUAUUGCGGACCGUUCUACUACCGAUCUGAAAUAAGAAGCAGACCAUCAACGAAAUGUUACAUAAGUCUCUUCAUAUGUUUUACAACGAAGGCGGUUCAUAUGGAAGUCGUAAAGGAUCUAUCAACUGAAUCCUUUCUAGCAGCAUUGCGUCGUUUUUAUUGUACCCGUGGAAAACCAAAGGUCAUUUGGUCUGAUAACGCAACAAACUUUGUUGGAGCAAGAAAUGAAAUGGCAGAAUUACAGCAACAAUUUCUCAAGCAGCAACAUGUUGAAGCAGUUUAUCGUCAGUGUCUUGUUGAAGGAAUUGACUGGAAGUUUAUUCCACCUCGGUCUCCUCAUUUCGGAGGUCUUUGGGAGGCCUCAAUUAAAAUAGCGAAAUUCUAUUUCUGGCGAAUUGUUGGUUCUGCAGUACCCACUUUUGAUGAACUUAGAACACUCGUAUGUCAGAUCUCAGCAGUCAUUAACUCUCGACCACUUUGUCCAAUUACAGAAAAUCCCGAUGAUUUAGAUGUUCUCACACCAGGCCAUUUCCUUAUAGGUGCACCACUAACGUCUAUACCGGAACCAAACCUUUCAACAAUAAACACCAGUCGACUGAGCAACUGGCAGCGAAUACAAUUCAUGCAACAGACUUUUUGGAAGAGGUGGAGUUCCGAAUAUUUAUCACUUUUGCAACAACGCUCACGAUGGCGAUAUCCAAGGAACAAUCUCCCAAUUGGAACUCUUGUCCUUAUAAAGGAUGAAGCAUUGCCACCACUCAAAUGGCUGCUUGGAAGAGUCACUAAGGUCUUCCUGGGGAACGAUUCUAAAGUUCGUGUAGCUGAAGUUAAAACGGCCAAUGGUAUUUGCAAACGAGCCAUCUCUAAAUUGUGCGCUCUUCCCAUCGAUGAUCAUUUAGCUGGCGGUAUGACUCGCCAUCGGGGGGAGUAUGUUCAGAGCACUCAGAGCGCCACCUGAUAAUUAAGUGGCAUCACCUACUACUUUUUGUAAAUUUUGGCACUCUGCAAUCCUGUCAUACAUUAGAUGUAACAAUUGCUUAAAUAAAUAACAUUCGCUUUUAUAACGUGAACAAAACAA